CGUGGCAGCGGCGCGCGCACGCACGUACGUACGUACGCACGUCUCACGCUUUCGCACGCUAAGGCGUCAGUUCCUCUUGGCGGCGGCUGCACGGGGCUUCUUCUAUUGCUUUCCGCUGCUGCGCGCGCUGUGCUCUUCCGAGCACUCAGAAUCAUGGCGGCCACGGCCACGAUGGCGACCUCUGGAUCGGCGCGGAAGCGGCUGCUCAAAGAGGAAGACAUGACCAAAGUGGAAUUCGAGACCAGCGAGGAGGUGGACGUGACCCCCACGUUCGACACCAUGGGCCUGCGGGAGGACCUACUGCGGGGCAUCUACGCGUACGGUUUUGAAAAACCAUCAGCGAUCCAGCAACGAGCAAUUAAGCAGAUAAUCAAAGGGAGAGACGUCAUCGCACAGUCUCAGUCCGGCACAGGCAAAACAGCCACCUUCAGUAUCUCAGUCCUCCAGUGUUUGGAUAUUCAGGUUCGUGAAACUCAAGCUUUGAUCUUGGCUCCCACGAGAGAGUUAGCUGUGCAGAUUCAGAAGGGCCUGCUUGCUCUCGGUGACUACAUGAAUGUCCAGUGCCACGCCUGCAUUGGGGGCACCAAUGUUGGGGAGGACAUCAGAAAGCUGGAUUAUGGACAGCAUGUUGUUGCGGGCACUCCAGGGCGUGUGUUUGAUAUGAUUCGUCGCAGAAGCUUGAGGACACGUGCUAUCAAAAUGUUGGUUUUGGAUGAAGCUGAUGAAAUGUUGAAUAAAGGUUUCAAAGAGCAGAUUUACGACGUGUACAGGUACCUGCCUCCAGCCACACAGGUGGUGCUCAUCAGUGCCACGCUGCCACACGAGAUUCUGGAGAUGACAAACAAGUUCAUGACCGACCCAAUCCGCAUCUUGGUGAAACGUGAUGAAUUGACUCUGGAAGGCAUCAAGCAGUUUUUCGUGGCAGUGGAGAGAGAAGAGUGGAAAUUUGAUACUCUGUGUGACCUUUAUGACACACUGACCAUCACUCAGGCGGUCAUCUUCUGCAACACCAAAAGGAAGGUGGACUGGCUGACGGAGAAAAUGAGAGAAGCCAACUUCACCGUGUCCUCGAUGCAUGGAGACAUGCCCCAGAAAGAGCGGGAGUCCAUCAUGAAGGAGUUCCGGUCAGGCGCCAGCCGAGUGCUCAUUUCUACAGACGUCUGGGCCAGGGGGUUGGAUGUCCCUCAGGUGUCUCUCAUCAUUAACUACGAUCUGCCCAAUAACAGAGAAUUGUAUAUACACAGAAUUGGGAGAUCAGGUCGGUAUGGCCGGAAGGGUGUGGCCAUUAACUUUGUGAAGAAUGACGACAUUCGCAUCCUCAGAGACAUCGAGCAGUACUAUUCCACUCAGAUCGAUGAGAUGCCUAUGAACGUUGCUGAUCUGAUCUGAAGCCGCUGAUCUGAUCUGAAGCCGCUGAUCUGUGAGGAUGAGUGGAGACUGCUCACCUGCUGUGUAUUCCUGUUUGAAAGCAUUUAGGUCCAGCUUCUGUUGAGUGGGGUUGAUGUGAACUCUCUUCUCAUAAAUGGUCUGCCCUCUCCCUUCCUCCGAAGAAGAUAUGGGGAUUCUGCUCUCUUUUCUUAUUUACAUGUAAAUAAUACAUCGUUCUAAGUCUUUUUCAUUAAAAAUAUAAAACUUUUCCCAUAAA